AUGAGUAUUGUGGAGGAGGGGGAGAUGUUCAGUGUGUUCAGUGCCAGCAAGCAGAAAUAUUGUCUCUCUCCUCCUCCCCCCGCCCCGUCACCCCAAGCCCUGCCCCGUCACCCCAAGCCCCGCCCCCCAAGCCCUGCCCCGCCCCCCAAGCCCCGCCCCUUCACCCCAAGCCCAGUCCUGUCACCCCAAGCCCCGCCCAUUCACUCCAAGCCCUGCCCCGUCACCCAAGCCCCGCCCAUUCACCCCAAGCCCCGCCCCUUCACCCCAAGCCCCGCCCCUUCACCCCGCCCCCAGACCCUGUCACCCCGCCCCGAGACCCUGUCACCCCAAGCCCAGACCCCGUUACCCCAAGCCCCGCCCCUUCACCCCAAGCCCCGCCCCUUCACCCCAAGCCCCGCCCCUUCACACCAAGCCCAGACCCCGUUACCCCAAGCCCAGACCCCGUUACCCCAAGCCCUGCCCCUGCCCCUUCACCCCAAGCCCUGCCCCUUCACCCCAAGCCCCGCCCCGUCACCCCAAGUCCCGCCCCAUCACCCCAAGCCCCGCCCGCCACCCCAAGCCCCGCCCCGCCACCCCAAGCCCUGGUUUUUACUCUGA